UAAGUAUUUAACAAGAGAUAUAAUUCUCGACUUGAAUGAUGAUUCAUCUCAUCGAUGGAAAUAAAUUUUAAAAUACAGUAUGGAGAUCGCUUGGGAGUAGUUCUUUCGAGCAAAUGAUUCUAUUUGUUGGGAAUUUCAAAAAUUUAUGGUGGUAUUUUAUAAUAUUAGCUUUCUGAGUAACAUAUAAGCUGUCUGUGGGAUAAUAAAUUUAGCUGCUCGAGCGCUCAACCUUUUUUCAAUCUUUUCUGAAUCUGCAUAAUGAUCUAGCCUGGGAUUUUCCACAUUUAAUUUCUGAAGGUUCUAAGAGACAAAUGGAGAGUGAACCAGUGCAUGUGAAUGAGUUUCAAGAGUUGGCUAGGCAAGCCCUUCCAAAGAUGUAUUAUGAUUACUAUGCUGGAGGAGCUGAGGACCAGCACACACUGAAGGAGAAUGUGGAAGCAUUUCGUAGGAUCACGUUCCGACCUAGAAUUCUUGUAGAUGUGAGUCAAAUAGAUAUGUCAACUACCAUAUUGGGUUACAGAAUCUCUGCACCCAUUAUGCUUGCUCCAACUGCUUAUCAUCAGCUUGCAAACCCUGAAGGUGAGUUGGCCACAGCAAGAGCUGCAGCAGCGUGUAACACAAUUAUGAUUUUAUCAUACAUGUCUUCCUGCACAGUGGAGGAGGUUGCUUCCAGCUGCAAUGCCAUUCGAUUCUUUCAAUUAUAUAUGUACAAGAGACGAGAUAUAUCAGCCCAGCUAGUGCAGAGAGCUGAAAGAAAUGGAUACAAGGCUAUUGUCCUAACAGUUGAUGCUCCCAUACUUGGCCGAAGGGAGGCAGACAUUAAGAACAAGAUGGCUGUACCACCGUUGAGGAAUUUUGAAGGUCUCAUUUCAUUUGAAGUUUCCUCGGAUGAAGGUUCAAAGCUUGGACUUUUUGCCAAAGAGACUUUUGAUCCUUCUUUUUCGUGGAAGGACAUAGGCUGGUUAAGAUCCAUUACAAACUUGCCAAUUCUUAUUAAGGGUGUACUUACUCGAGAAGAUGCAAUAAAGGCUGUGGAAGUUGGUGUUGCUGGGAUUGUUGUCUCAAAUCAUGGAGCUCGGCAGCUUGAUUAUAGUCCAGCCUCUAUCACUGUUCUGGAGGAGGUGGUUCAUGCUGUUGGAGGGAAAAUUCCUGUUCUAUUUGAUGGAGGAGUACGGAGGGGAACUGAUGUUUUCAAGGCCUUAGCCCUUGGCGCACAAGCUGUUCUUGUUGGAAGGCCAGUUGUCUUCGGGCUGGCAGCAAAGGGAGAAUAUGGAGUGAGACGGGUGAUUGAAAUGCUGAAGCAUGAGCUUGAGCUCACUAUGGCCCUUUCUGGCUGUCCUAGUUUGAAAGAUAUUACGAGGAGUCAUGUGAAAACUGAGAGUGAGAGAUUCCAAUCCAUGCUUUAAUAUUCUUUUGAAGUAUCCUCUAAUGGUUUCAGAAAAUCAAUAAUGGUUCUCUGAACCACAAGAUAUGAGCUUAAUGUAUAUAGGCUGUUCUCAGCAGUGAACUCAACUUCCAUAUCUGUUUAAUUUCAAAUAAAUUAUGUGCUUGUACUACACCUGGCUGCUUUAUGAAAAAACCCUAGUGAAUUCAUUAGUGCUA